CUACAUUUAUGGUAGUGCAUCUGACAGUUAGAGAGAGAAAGAGAUAGUUAGAGAGAGAAAGAGAGGGAGAAGGAUGAAAUUCAAGAAACAGUCUGGCCUUAGUAAUUGCGUUUCAUUAACUCCUCACCUAUAAAUCCCCUUGAUGCUUUACUUUGUUCAUCUCACUCUUCUUCUUCCUGUGCUUCUCUGCCUUUGUCUUUCACCUCUCUCUCUCUCUCUCUCUGAGUCAGAACAAUACAUUUCCCAACCCCGCAUUAGUUGUCCGUACAGUGGUGUUUAGUUGAACCACUGAAGCUUAAGUUAAACCAACAACCCACCUAUUUUUGGUUCAAAAUAUACAAUAUCUGUCUGGGUCUUGCUUUUCUCACCAAGUUUUUGUGGUCUUCAACCUUAUAUAUAGUUUUCUUCGUACAUAUAGUGGUGUGAUUUAUCGGGAAAACAUUUUCCCUAGAAACUAGAGGUUAUCUCCCAACAAUGGAUAUAUCUUUGGCUUUACUGUUGUUUACUGCAGUCACUGCCUAUCUGAUAUGGUUCACCUUCAUCUCACGGCCAUUGAAGGGUCCACGAGUCUGGCCAUUAUUGGGUAGCUUACCGGGCUUGAUCGAGAACGCUGAUCGAAUGCACGAGUGGAUCACCGAUAAUCUCCGCGCGUGUGGUGGCACGUAUCAGACAUGCAUAUGUGCCAUACCCUUCUUGGCUCGGAAGCAAGGUCUUGUGACUGUCACAUGUGACCCGAAGAAUCUGGAGCAUAUCUUGAAGAUCCGGUUCGAAAAUUAUCCCAAGGGUCCAACAUGGCAAGCUGUGUUUCAUGAUCUACUUGGCCAAGGGAUCUUCAACUCUGAUGGUGACACGUGGCUGUUCCAGAGGAAGACGGCUGCUCUCGAGUUUACAACCCGGACGCUACGCCAAGCCAUGGCUCGGUGGGUGAACCGCGCCAUUAAGCUCAGAUUCUGCCCCAUUUUGAAAACGGCUCAGCUCCAAGCUGAGCCAGUCGAUCUACAAGACCUCUUACUCCGGCUGACUUUUGACAACAUAUGCGGCUUGGCGUUUGGGAAGGAUCCACAGACGCUCACGCCGGGGCUGCCAGAGAACAGAUUCUCGGCUGCUUUUGACCGAGCCACGGAAGCGACACUGCAGCGGUUUAUAUUCCCAGAAGUUAUAUGGAAGCUUAAGAAAUGGCUUCGGCUCAGUAUGGAAGUCAGCUUGAGCCGAAGCCUAGUACACGUGGACGAGUAUUUGUCUUGCGUCAUCAACACACGUAAGCUUGAGUUGAUGAGUCGGCAAAAAGAUGGCAACCCACAUGAUGAUUUGCUCUCUAGGUUCAUGAAGAAGAAAGAAUCAUAUUCGGACAAAUUUUUACAACACGUGGCACUCAACUUCAUCUUAGCUGGACGUGACACGUCAUCAGUCGCGCUUA